AUCAUAAAAGCAUUUGGCUUCCAUCCUCGUCACUUCUGCUCUUCCCCCUUACCCUGCACGCCUGGCUCACAAACGAAAUGACAGUGUUUGGCAAUUCCAGCUCCGGAAAACAAGUCUUCCCUAUCGAUUACCAAGCCGUAGUUUCACAGCUUCUCGUCGACGCCUCGCAUCGUAACGACUUUAAGCUAGCAUGCGAGUGUCUCGCCGAUCCUUUUGUGGACGUGAAUUUCAUCGGAACAGUGAGCUUGAAGACGAAGAGGACAGAAGUUUUACUGCGUGAUGAGUUGCCACAUGAAGUUCGCGUUGAAUAUGAGGAGUUCAAGACCGAUGUCACUGCUCUGUUCCUCGCUGCUCAUGCCGGAAAUUUAACGCUUGUGAGGAAGUUACUGAGCGUUGGAGCCAAUGUGAAUCAGAAAUUGUUUCGGGGCUAUGCCACAAGUGCAGCAGUGAGGGAAGAGCAUUUGAAUAUAUUAGAGGUGCUAGUGAAAGCUGGCGCCUCUCAGGAGGCAUGCGAGGGGGCCUUAUUAGAGGCAAGCUACCUGGGGUUGGCCAGGCCUACAGUGCUGCUCAUGAGCUCUGACUUGAUACGCCCACAGGUUGCUGUUCGUGCACUCGUUUCUGCUUGCUGUAGAGGGUUUGUCAAUGUAGUAGACACGCUCAUUAAGUGUGGAGUGGACGCCAAUGCUAUUGAUAGAGUUCUGCUUCGAUCUUCCAAGCCAUCCCUCCAUGCCAAUGUUGAUUGUAAUGCGCUUGCUGCUGCCAUUGUCAGCCGACAGAUAUCAGUUGUUAGAUUGCUGUUGCAGGCUGGUGUCAGGUUGGACACCAAGGUGAGGCUGGGAGCCUGGUCUUGGGACAUGGAUACAGGUGAAGAAUUUCGAGUUGGUGCUGGGUUAGCUGAUGCUUAUUGGGUAACUUGGUGUGCUGUGGAGUAUUUUGAAGCAAGUGGAGCAAUAUUGCAGAUGCUUCUCAGACACCUCUCCGUUAACACCCUUCACUUUGGGAGGACUCUUAUCCACCAUGCCAUCCUAUGUGACAAUGCAAGAGCAGUAAAAGUGCUAAUAAACUGUGGUGCAAAUAAAGAACUUCCGGUUAAAACAACUUCAAAAAAUGAGUGGGCCCCUGUCCAUUUAGCUGCACGGCUUGGAUCAACCAAAGUUCUUGAGCAGCUGACUGCCGGUGGCUGCAAUCUCAACUCUAGAACAAAUUCUGGCGAAACUGCCUUAAUGAUAUGUGCUAGAUAUAAUCAAAAGGAAUGUCUAAAAAUCUUGGCCUCGGCUGGUGCUGAUUUUGGAUUGGUCAAUUCAGCCGGUGAAUCUGCUAGUUCAAUUGCGAGGUCAACCAAAUGGGCUCUUGGCUUCCAGCAAGCGGUGAUAGAUGUGAUUCAAGCUGGGAAGAGUGUCGUAUCAAGCAAUGUCUCAGCAUUUUCUCCCUUGAUGUUUGUGGUGCAAGCAAAUGAUAUUGAAACCUUGAAAGUGCUCAUUGAGAGGACAGAUAUCAAUCUUGAUGAACAGGAUGAUGACGGGUUCUCUGCUGCUAUGAUAGCUGCAGCCGGAGGUCAUAUCGAAGCUUUCAGGUUACUGGUUUAUGCAGGGGCCGACGUAAAGCUGCAGAACAAAUAUGGAGAAACGGCAAUCACCUUAUCAGAGUUAAGCCACCAUGGAGAAGUCAUCGAAAAGGUGAUGCUUGAUUAUGCACUUGAAGAGGGACAUAACUAUUCCGCCGGCGUUCAUGCUCUACAUCGUGCAGCACACCGGGGCGACAUAGAUUUGAUUCAUAUGCUAACAAGAAGAGGACUUGAUGUGAAUGCCUUUGAUUGUGAAGGAUACACCCCGCUAAUGUUAGCUGCAAUGGGAGGCCACAGUAGAGUGUGUGAGCUGUUAAUUUCAUGCGGAGCAAGUUGUGAUCUUGAGAAUACAAGAAAGGAAACAGCACUCUCGCUUGCCAGGAAGAAUGGCUACAGAACUGAAACAGAAAAUGUAAUACUGGAUGAACUUGCUAGACAACUUGUUCUGGAUGGGACUGAAGUCAAGAAGCAUACAAAAUGCGGCAAAGGAGCUCCACACUACAAAGCACUAAGGAUGGUAGGUGCUGUUGGAGUGUUGCGGUGGGGAAAGUCAAGCAAGAGAAAUGUGGUCUGCAGAGGUGCUGAAGUUGGUCCUAGCGCAAAGUUCCGGUGGAACCGCCGGAAGAAACUUGACGUUGAAGACCCUGGAAUGUUUCAUGUAAUCACUACAAAGAACAAGGAGGUGCAUUUUGCAUGUGAAGGUGGGGUUGAAAUGGCUGAGUUGUGGGUAAGGGGAAUCAAGCUUGUGACAAGGGAAGCUAUCUUUGGAAAGAACCAGAGUAAUUUGUGAAUGGUGAAUGAGAAGUUUGUGUCAUGGUCUACCCCAGCGUCCUUUGAAAAAUGAUAGCUGCUGUAAUUCUGUCAAAGGUCUAAAUUAUUUAUGAGCUACUUGGACAAGUUUAAUGGAAAACAAGCUCGAUUUCAAGUGGCUCA